GUAUCUUUGAAAUUCACUUUUAUUUCACAGAUUUUUUUUGAAAAAUUUAUUACACGAAAAUAAUAAUUUUCUGUGUAUAAAGAAUAUUUUUCAUGUUUAUGUACGCUACAAUUAUGAAAAUAUAAUGAUUAAAAAUCAAAAUGAUUCGAAAAAUCUAAUUCUAGGAUAUAGUAUUUUUUUUUCUUUGCAAAUAUCUUUUAGAAACACUUACCUUAUCGCAAUGGCACUUUAAUUUAUUUCUCGACAUUUUAUUUGGAAUAAUCAUUAGUUGCAUUCAUAAAUUUAUAUUUCCUCUGAAUAAUCAUCUUCUUUAUUUAACUUCCCUUAAACUGCGAUACUAAAUCCUAUAUAUCUUCUGCAAGGAUUUUCUGACGACGAUUCUGUCCAUUGUUCCAUCCAAGUUUGGUAAGACAGGGAUCCGUAUGAGAUUACAAGCACAGUGAAAUCACGUGCGAUUUUCGCUCCUGAGCCGCUCUUCCUUGAAUUCUUGCCUGACAUUCACCGCCUCUUCCUUUGUCGGUCAUCGUUCUACCACCGCCAACCGGCCAAUGCCACUCGAUGAUUUCGACAUCUUUACUGAAGAAUUUUGGAAGCCUGUCUCCCUGGAAGGGGUAAAAUUCGUUUGAAAAUCCGGCUAUAUAACGGUCCCGUGGAUCAAGAUCGAAUCAGUAUUGUGAUCUAGCUCAUCUCACAACACUUGUAUCCUCUUCGACAAUCCAAAGAAGUUCCAUACCAAAAUAACCAAUCAUGAAGCUGUUCAUUGCUUUCGCUCUUGUCAUCGUCGUUGUCUAUGCAGCACCUCAAGGACGUCAAGAAGAGGUAGUGCUCGUCAAAGAAACACCCUCAGAUAAUAUUGGCUUGGGUGGCUACAGAUAUGCCUACGAACUUUCCAAUGGUCAGUCUCAUCAGGAAGUAGCGGAAUUAGUUAAUGAAGGAACCGAAAAUGAGGCUUUAACUGUUCGAGGCAGUUAUAGUUGGGUGGAACCACAAAGCAAUACAGUAUACACUGUAAACUAUGUAGCCGAUGAGAAUGGUUUCCAUCCUGUGGGUGAACAUCUCCCUGCUUGAGUUGUACUAUUUUUAGUUUUAAAUAAAUUUUAUAAAUUUCUUUAA